AUACAAACUAGUAGUAGAGUAAGGACACCAUCCACCACUCUAAUUUGCCCCAAGACAUCCCGUUGCGUUUGAUUCUGUCUAGGUUUUUUGCAGGACUCAGAGCUGACAGAUAAGCAGAAGCACAGACUGGCUCUCCAGGAGAACAGACCCCCCCAGCUUCACACGACCAACACAUCCGUGUCAAAAUUUUUCGAUCUGAUUAAUUUGCAUUAGAAACUCAAUCAGUGUGCCGAGGUGUGUCCAGACGUAUACAUAAGCCGCCUCCCAGGACAGUCCCCCCAGUGGUUUGUUGUUUUUUUCUUUCAUUUUCAUUUGCAUUUGCGUUUAGCACAACAGGAUGACUUCCUUACAUAACCCCGUGACGGAAUCGUAUUACCAAGACCCCACGCCGUCGUAUUACCAUCCUCGAGGUUCUCCCUCGGGUGGAUCGGUGUCGGGACUCCCCGGCCAGAUCAACGGCGGUGUGCCCGUUUCUGGAGACCAAUCCAACGGUGGCGCCCCGAUGCCAUCGUCAGGCCCAGGCCAGGGCCAAGGCCCAAUCCCCAACUCCAACAACAAUAACACCGGUAAUAACCCCACCAACAAUAACAACACUGCUACUUAUUACAACGAGUCUACCCAACCACUAGAUCAACAACAAACGCUUCGCCAGGACGCAGGUGUUUAUGACAAUCUGAGUGGAACAGGCACUCAACCAAGCACCUACUACCACACGCCGGAAACCUCUUCACAACCACCACGGCAACCAUCUCAACACGUAGGAGUACAGUCUAUCCAACAGCCUGCGGUCGGGAACAUACCCACACACGUACCGCAGCAACAAGCUCAAGCAGCACCAGAACAACCAUUCUAUGUGAACGCCAAACAAUACCAUCGGAUAUUGAAAAGAAGAAUUGCUAGAGCCAAAUUGGAGGAAAACUUGAAGAUUGCAAGAACUAGAAAACCAUACCUUCAUGAGUCAAGACAUAAGCAUGCCAUGAGACGACCAAGAGGCCAAGGUGGGAGAUUCUUGACUGCUGCAGAAAUUGCAGAGAAGGAACGGUUAGAAAAAUUGCAAGAAUUGGAGGACAAGCAAAAGAGUGAUGGUGGAGCUAAGCCUGAAGAAGAGCAGGUCAAACAGGACACCCCCGGUAAUUCAAAUGAGGUUCCAGGGCCUGUUCCAGAGCCAGUGUCAGUACCAGUGCCUGCGGGUAUAUCUGAGGAUGAGACGAUAUUUCAGAAUUUGAUCAACGAAAACGGAGCUUAAAGGGAGAAAGUAGAUAUAGAUAAUAUAGGGGAUGAGGUUCAAAAAAGCAAGAAAAAGGGGGUGGGAAAAUAU